AUGGAGAGUAAGAGUCCAGCCGCACGGCGACCAAUCACAGAGCUAACAUUGCUGUGUCUGAUAGUCGAGAGCAACCCCGAAGGCUGGCCACGACUCGCGGCAGUCAUUGAUAGCGAUCCUUCCUUCAUGAUAUUCCGCCGUUUCGGAUAUUUGCGAACAAGGCUUCUGGUCUGGCAUCAAGACAGACUGAGGGAAAUUGAGAGCACGCUAGAAGGCCUCGACUGGGAGGAUUUCAAUAACGAACCCUAUAAACGAGCGCUUUGCUGCCGUCAGGGGGAUGAUAGGCGAAUCCCAGCAAAGAGAAGACAUUUGUUCCAGCAACUAAGCGAAGAGCUCAAACGUUAUGAUGAUCUUCUCAGGAGAUGCGCAGAAGUUCGCCAGUACGAUGCUCCGAGUCACCGAGAUCGCGAAGCUGUGGCAACGUUCAUUUGGAACGAUGGAGAAUUGUCCAGCCUUGACCGCAGUUAUAUCCGACACGUGGACGAUCUGGUGGCCCUCUGUAGUGAUAAGGAGUCCAGUUGGAUCCAUGGUGUGUUGCUGGCUUUGUCCUUGAAGAUCGCAGCAGGCAGGUCUCUCAUCAGAUAUUGCUUCCGGAGCAGCACCCAGCGAAGGAAGCUCAAUGGUGGAUCGGUUCUGCGACUGGAGUUGAUUGACAAAGAACGAUUUGACGCCUUCGUGGCAUUCAUCUUCACAAUGAUUUUGGUAUUCCUUAUUAUGGGGCCAGUGAUGAUAUUGUACAAGAUUCGGAACAUGGACGGUUAUCGACAAAUCUUGGUGGCGCUCGCGUUCGCAUCAAUGUUCGCGGGACUGUGCUCCAGCGCGACAAGCGCUAAGCGACAUGAAGUGUUUGCCGCCACAGCAGCGUGA